AUGUGGUCUGAACGCUAUUUGGAUGUAACGAUUUUUCAACUCGCUAUGAAAACAACUGGAAACGGACCUUUCCAGAAUAUUCGAAAAGUAGAAGCAAUGGUUCAUACAUUCAACCCCUUCAUUAGUGUUUACGAAAAGCUCCCAUAUACCCGGCAAAUACAAUGGUUUCCCGACAAAUUGCAGAAUAUGUAUGGCUACAAUUUGACAGGAGGAUUCGUUCAUAUGCCUCCUUACAGCAAGGGAAAGUAUGAUAAAAAAGGACAUCUAGUUGAUUACAGUGGUGCCGAUCUUCUGACAUUCAAUUGUUUAUCCAAAGUACUGAAUUUUUCUGCAUCUAUAGUUUCAUCAGCCGAUGCGAAAGUAGGUAUUAGUAGCUACAAAAACAAAUCUGCAAGUGGCAUGAUUGGCAAGUGCAGCAUCAAUGAAAUCAAUAUCUUUAUUACUACACUUUUACCAUUCACUCUAUUGAAGCAAACAUUUCUGGAACGUACACGAAUGUUAGAUUGGGAAUCUCUUUAUGCUGUUGUGCCAAUUUUCUCCGGUACGGAAAAAGUAGUAUCUAAAAGUACAUCGUAUUCCACUCUUUUGGUACUUUUGAUCAUUUCAGUAGUGAUUUAUGUAUCAGCACAUCUUCUAAAAUUUGAUGCUCAUCAGUGGGACCUUUUUAACAUCUUGCAAGUUUUAUUAGGAAUGCCUGCACCCCAAGAACCGACAUCUGCUGCCUCAAGAAUUUUUUAUAUCUCAGUGAUAGUUUUUUCUUUCGCAUACUCGUCUAGUUUCUUUGGAGGACUUACAUCUACAAAUUUAAAGAUCACUACCCAAAUGGAAUUGAACACCUUUAAAGAUUUGGAAAAUUCUGGUUUGGUAAUCAUGUUACAUCCAAAUAUAUUUCAGGCCAUUUUCAGUGAGGCUGAAGAUUCUUUAUAUAAUCUGCGAAUGAAGAGCUCGAAAGAAGAGAUGGCUCACAGAACCUGUGGACAAUUUUUGAGUAAAUAUAAGAACGUUUCAUGCAUAAUGCCUGGAGCACGGGCAGUAGCAAUGGCAGAAUUUUUUAAAGAUGAUUCUGGCUAUUUCCAAAUGAAGGUUAUGAAGCAACACUUCUUGUGUUCCCAGACAGUUAUGGUUUUAGAAAAAGGAUCACCCUAUGUGGAGCGAAUAGACCAAGUAAUAAUAAGAAUGGUUGAAUCAGGAUUACGAAAGAAGUGGACUGGAGAAUAUUCCCGCGAUCUUUCCCUGAGUGGUGGUACCUUAGAGAAUCAUCAAGACCCAGAAUUUAAAACAAUUGGAAGCGUCAUAAAUCUUCGACGACGUCUUCUCUUUAUCUCGAUUCAUGGUUAUCUGUUAUCGAUGGUUGUCUUCAUAGUAGAAAUUUUAUUUAGAAAGCUGCAACUGCUUGUAAUAAUCUACCUCUCAAUAAGGGCGGUAAAUAUUCACUAG